AUGUUUGUCUCCAAGGGAGGAGACUGUGCAGUGCGAGUGCAGUCUCUUGCUUCUUUGCAGGGCCUGCACGGGGCCCCCCCCGCUGCUGCUGCUGCUGCUGCUGCUGCUGCUGCUGCUGCGGGGGGGGCCCCCGGGGAGACAGGGGGCCUCUACACGCACUACUCCUCCGUGGGGAGCGGCAGCAGUCUCUCAGUGUCUCUUUCUUUCUCAAGAGACAGAGAAGGAGACAGUGGGGUCUUGGGGGGCCCCCUGCUGCCUGUGGGGCUGCUGGUGGGGGCGAUGCAGCAAAUGCUGCAGGAGCUGGAGGGGGAGGCGGAGGGCAGCAGCAGCAGCAGCAGCAGCAGCAGCAGCAGCAGCAACAGCCCCGCGCCCUCGCCCCCCUCAGUCUCCUUGUCUCCAGCUGUCUCCUCUUCUCCCUCUCCCAGCUCAGGAGACACUUCGGACUCGGAGAGACACAAAACCCGCAAGCCCGCCAGCAGCAGCAGCAGCAGCAGCAGCAGGAACAGCAGCAGCAGGAACAGCAGCAGCAGCAGCCCGCAGAGCGCUCCAGAGGAGACUGCUCGCCCCAGGGGGCCCCCGGACACUUUCCACGAGGGGCCCCGGGGGCCCCCGGGGGCCCCCCAGGGGGCCCCCAGCUGCAUGCAAUAUGAGGGUUGGGGCUUUGAAGCAAACAGCGACGCUGCAGCAGCAGCAGCAGCAGCAACAGAGCUCAGUGCCCACGUGCGGAGGCUGCUGCAGAGCAGCUCUUUCACGGCAGAGACAGAGCCGCAGCAGCAGCAGCAGCAGCAGCAGCAGCAGCAGCAGCAGCAGCCGCAGCAGCAGCAGCAGCAGCAGGAGGGGACGGAGCCAGGCGGCUGGAGCAGCCCCUUGCCCUUGCCCCCCCCUCUUUCUGGAGCAGCAGCGGCGCCGGCCGCGCCCUCGCCGCCAGCAGCAGCAGCAGCAGCAGCAGCAGCAGCAGCAGCAGCAGCAGCAGCAGCAGCAGCAGCAGCAGCACAGCAGCAGCAGCAGCAGCAGCAGCAGCAGCAGCAGCAGCAGCAGCAGCAGCAGCAGCAGCAGCAGCAGCAGCAGAGGCGCUGCCGCCGCCCGUGUGGGCUGCAUGCAGACCCAUCUCCGUGCUGCGCUUCUCCUCAGCAGCAAAGCCCUGGAGCGGCGAAGGGCUGUGGGGCCCUUUGGAGACAAUUUGGCUGCGGGUUUACUUGGGGCUGGACCCCUUCAAAGACAAGCAGCUCCACAACUACAUUUGACUGCAGCAGCAGCAGCAGCAGCGCAGCAGCAGCAGCAGCAGCAGCAGCAGCAGCAGCAGCAGCAGCAGCAGCCAGGCAGCAGCAGCAGCAGUAG